AUGAAGGUUGUAUCGGAAGGUGUUGUUUGAAAUCACUGAUACGUAACUACCACCUAAAGAAAUAGUUAAAUACCCAAGCUUCAGCAAGACAGGCAGAUCAAACACUAAGAUAGUACAAGAUUAUCGUGAAGACGCACAACGAAGCUAAAGCAGUGGUUGCAGUGACGCCAAACAUUAUGCGGACAAAAUCAGUGAACCCAAAGAGAGCGUACUUCAAUGUCUCAGAAAAGAAGGAUGAAACUACAGAUGAUAAGAAUGAAGUUGCGAUGCCAUUAUCCAAAGAUCAGAACUGUCCUAGGCAAAGUGAAGGUCUCGUGAAAUCUGAGAUGAAUAACAAUAUACAUUUCAACGGUUCACCAGACGUAAGGAAGGUCGCGCAGAAUGAUGUAGAAAAUACUCAAGUUUUCACUUUUAAACUGUUACCAGCAACCGUUCUUCAUGCGACGAAAUGUUCAUGUUUUGUUGUGAAGAAGGAUCAGUCUACACAGACAACAGGCGAUGCGCAGGAAUGCAGCCAAACAUCGCUGGCCGUUAACAACACGUCAACAACAUCAUCAGGUUUACCUUCGCCAAGCUGGAGUCACAGCUCUGAUUCUGAAGGAAGUUUACCAAGAACACCAAACAAAACGGUUAAAUCUUACAAUUGCUCUGUUUGUGCCAAACCAUUUCCUACACCAUCAAAACUACGCCGUCAUUUUUUAAUUCAUUCCGGAGAGAAACCGUAUUCAUGCAGUGUGUGUAGUAAGCCGUUUAAUGACCCAGCAAAUCUUAAGCGGCAUCAUUGGAGUCAUAUCAAGGAAAAACCUUUCAUUUGUGCAGAAUGUCAUGGAGAAUUUAUGACAAAAAGAGAUGCGAUGAUGCAUCUGUGUCCAGCGAUAAAAAGACGGAGAAAAUAACAUGAAAUUCCUUAAUACUGCAUGACAAAGACUACCUGUUUAAAGAUAUUUAAUAUGUUAAUAUGCUCAGUUGUCUUGGAGGUCUCAUAUGUUUUUAUUUGAACAAAGUUGCGAUCCAGAUCAUAUUAAUUGAUGUAGUACAUAAGGUUUCACGCACUAUUUCAACAGAUCACUUAUUUUCAGGAUAAUAUGAAGUAGAAACUGUUUUAUCUAGAAGUAUUUUUGUGCCGUUAGAAAAGUGUAGCGGUAUUUAUGCUGAAGGAGAUGUGUGGGCGAGCUCGUUGACAUUGUAUUUGAUACAGUUGAUUAAAAAUUUACAUUCAAAAUCA